AUGACACGUCGAACAGAGAAACUCAAGAGAAACUUACACCGCAGUAAGGUGUGGGGUUCACUCAGUCAACAACAAAAAACUGCACUUAACAGAGUCGAAGUGCGAGCCAAGGAGCGGCACGACCAAGCCCUUCCGAAGCUCGAGAAACGUGUUGUCAGUCUCGGUUUUACCACGGAGGAUUUGUACAAAUGUUUGGAGUACAUUCGAGACGAAGCUCCACUCAUCAUCAAUCUGUCGGUCGAUACUCUCUCCAAGCUCCUCAACGACACCCACUACCGCAACAGCUUCGAGAUCAGAGCUACAGGAGCCAACAGAACCGUUCCUUACAGUUCAUACGAACGCAGUAGAGAAUGGUGGGAGGAAGUCAUCUUUGACGACGGAUACUACGACGCACCAGCUUCUGAACGUCCCAAGUAUGGUUGUCUCAACAUUACGGGAGCUGUCACUGGAGUUGCCAGCGCCAAGGCAUAUGGAAGGCUCCACCUCAUCUUGAAACAAGAUCUACGAAAUCGAUCCACCCUGUUCGAUUGUGAUACUGGAAACUAUCUAUACAAACAUGGCGAGAAGGACGCCGUUCUUGCAACUACGGAGUAUUACGCCCAUGUCAUGAACUGGUUCAACGACAAUGAUCUUAUUGCGACUCUCCGACGGUCUGUCCUGUCAAACAAGAGCAACUACAAAGAAAUACAGAUCCACGGCCCCGUCGAACUUGCAAGAGACGUCGAGGCUCUGUCGAUUCCUUAUUGGGAAUUCUCUGCGAGUGCAACGCUGCUGGGAUUAGUACGUCGCUUUCAACAAAAGACGGGAUGCAGGAUUAUUUGGCAAUACGACGUCAUUGGUCUGUCCAAAGCAACCGAGAUAUCAGAACCUGGCUCCUUGCCCUCAGCAGCGCCACCAGUAUCCAAAGAAAAGCCAGAACCCAAAAAGGAUUCAGCUGCAGCUUCAGAUCCGGUUAGCGCCUGUGCUUCUACAAAAGCAUUGCUGCCGAAGACACCAGAUUCCAAGAAGCACACACCAGUUCCAAGAACGGCACCAUCCAAGUCAGGAGCUUCAGGGGAAUCAUCAACAGAAUCAUCUGCCAAGAUAUCUGAAGCGUCCAAGGACCCACCUGGGAAGGUAGCGUCCACCGGUCCUGCAACCUAUGUUUCCGCGAAGGCACCCCUAACAGAGGAUUCCGAUCUCAAGAAGACUGAAAGAAGAGCCAAGAGAGACAAACUACCCAAGAAAGAUUUGCCAGCAGCUGCGGGUGCUGCAGCAACAGAUGAAACGCCUGUUGCUCCCAAAAUAACGUCGUUGACGAAGAAUCCCGAUCAAAAGAAGGGCGAGGGAAUCUCUAAGGCAGCUGAAGCCGCAACUCCCAAAGAGUCAUCCACAAUGGAAAAGGCUGCAUCCGACGAUACGGCUGGUGCUUCCACAACAUUACCAACGGAGGCCUGUGAACACAAGAAAGGUAUACCGGAGGUACCAGAGGUCAAAGCCUCAACCUCAAACAAGAAGGAAUGCAAAUCAUUCAACCAAAAGAAAGAAUCUGAUGGAACAGCGGCUGCUGAAUCUACAAAGACAGCACUUGCGGCCCGAGAUGCUUCCCAGGAGGCAGCAAACAUUCCUGCCAUGGCCGAGCUGGAUACUUCUUCCUGGGCGACUUGUUCGGUCAUGUAG